CAUGGGGCCUUCUUGUUGUCUUUACUGUUAAAAAUAAUCAUUUAUCAUCAGACUUUUAUUCUUAAAAGUGGGGGGCCACGGUGGCCCGGAGAAACAGGUGUAAAGGCUGUGGGGUGCAAGGUGCCCCCCCCCCCAGUGGGACUUUUCCAAAGGGAGAUGGAUGGAGGUGGUGAGCAGGGAGCAAACCUUCCCCUCCAGCGACCACAUGACUCAGCAGCCGCCCCCCCCAUCCAUCAUGCCCCUCUAUGCACCUUUUUAUCUGGCCCCUCCAGUUACCCCCCCACCCCCCCAACCACCCUUUCUCACAUGUGGUUGAAACUCAGCACUUUCUUAAGCACACUGUAUGCGGUGCACCUCGGACAGCGAUCCAUCUUGUGCAUCCGCAGGCAGGCAGGCGAGGAGCAUGUGCAGGGAGCCGUGUGGGCGCCCGUGGGCGGGCGGCGUGGGCGGGCGCCAGCAAGAGAUACAUGGUGUGCUCUUCUGUGCGUGUGUGUGUGUGUGUGUUUGGCUCGCUUUGCACCCGCUUGAGGACUUGAAAACAUGACACUGAGAGCUCGUUCGCAUCCCGGCACUGCUGUUUGGAAAAUAAGAAUAAAAACCAUGUUGGGACCAGACCACCAAAACCGCUCCACGUCGCUCAGAUGACCAUUUUGGACGCCAUCUUGAUCAGUGUCUCGUGAGACCAGGAAGAAAAGCAUGUGGCGUGCUAGCCGCCGUUGCUAUGUGUGAAGGAGUGGCGUGGCGCCCAUGGAGACCGAAGGCUAUCGUGACCUCCCGGAGACCAGCGAUGGUCAGGGGGUGGGCCUGCUGGACGGGCGGGGCGGGGGUGCGGCCGAGGAGGACUGGAGCGCCCCCUACCCUCUGGGCUUCCAGGUCUCUUUGACCACAGUUCUGAUCCUGGAGCUGGUGCUGGGCUUCAGCAGCAACCUGACGGUGCUGGUGCUGUACUGCGCUCAGUCCAAUCUGGUGGACUCGGUCAGCAACCUGGUCACCGUCAACCUCCAUGUCCUGGACAUCCUGGUCUGCGUGCUGUGUCUGCCGCUCACCGUGGCCGUCAUCCUGGUCCCAGCUAACGGGAGCGGCGUCGGGAGCCUGGCGACCUUGUGCUGCUUCCACGAAGCCUGCGUGACCUUCACUAGCGUGGCCACGGCCGUCAACGUCCUGGUCAUCAGCCUGGAUCGCUACGACAUCUCGGUACGUCCGGCCAGCCGCCUCCUAAACCCACGCCGAGCCGGACUCCUCCUGGCGGCAGUGUGGGCCGUCUCUCUGGCGGUCUUCUUCCUGCCUUUCCUGGAGGGGGACUUCUUCUCUUCGAGGGACGAGGACGGUGAGGACGAGUUGCCGGGAAUGCCGAACAUGGACUCCGAGUCUCCUACUGGACACACGGCACUUUUUUCUUCUCCUUCGCCUUCCGUUUCACCUUCAAGGCACCCCGCCGCACCUUCACACAACCUCUCUCCGCUUUGGCAGAACAGGACGCUGCUCUGCGUCGGAGGGCAAGGGUACUACACGGGGAUGGCCAUGUACUACCACUUGUUACUACAAGUACCGUGCUUCUUCAUCGCCGUGGUCGUCAUGCUCUUCACCUACUCCCGCAUCCUCCAGGCCCUCAACAUCCGCAUCGGCUCCCACAUGAUGAGGGGCUCCCGGACCAAGGACUCCACCUGCAGGAUACGCUGCAGGACGAGAAAGACGCAGCUCACCUCGCCAACGGAGGCGGUCUCCUCCAACCAGAACCAGAAUCUCUCUCACCCUCCCCUGAUUCCCUCCCCGACCCCCACGUCCCCUCCGCCACUCUGCUCCGUGCCCCAGGCCAUUUCUGACAGCGGCGCCACGGUCACCACCGUCAGCACCGCCGCCACCACGCCCAUCGCCACCACCCCCGCCACCCCUGCUUCUCCCACUCUGGCUUCGGGAUCCACGCAGACCCGCGCCACCUCCCCGCUGCCGGCUUCCUCCAUGGGCGUCCAGGCCUCGGUCUCCGCCAUCAUCGCCUUGAGACGAGCCGUGCGUCGGCACCGGGACCGUCGGGAGCGCCAACGGCGUGUUCUUAAAAUGUCCCUCAUAAUCAUAUCCACCUUCCUGGGCUGCUGGGCGCCCUUGUCUGCCGUCAACAUUCUCAUCCUGUGUCUGGGCCCCAGCGACGGCUUGGUGCGGAUCCGCCUUUGCUUCCUGGCCAUGGCUUACGGGACCACCAUCUUUCACCCUCUGCUCUACGCCUUCACCAGGCAGAAGCUGCGGCGAGCCCUCAAAACACGCGUGAAGAAACGGGUCGUCUCCCUCCUGCAGGUGGACCCGGCUCCCAUUGGGGGCACGGUCAUUCAUAACUCCUGGGUGGAAGGGGGAGGUCAGAGGAAGAGUCGCAAGCCCCGGGUGGAGGCCAGCGACGGCACUGAUCGAUGCCUCACCGAGGCUGUGAGGGAAUGAGGCUGGUCUUCAUGGUGCGCGCGCCUCUGAGGGAUGGUGCGCCAUCUUCCCUUGAUGGAUGCUGUGUAUAUCCUUGCAUGCGCGGGAGAGGCAAUUAGUUUACAAAGGAUGGAUCCGCAACCUGCGCUGGCAGGCUGAUGUGGCGACGACAGCUGAGGUCCAACAAGAGCCAUUUUCCUGCAGUCCUUUACCGACGUCACACGUGAAAAUAGCCCACUGUAUAGCGGCGUGGAGGCCCGGACGACGUCGGAUUCGUACCUUAUGGCCCCCGCAUCCGUAGAUACAACACGCACACACACACACACACACACACACACACACACACACACACACACACACACUGGUCAGCGCUUAG